CUACCUUUGAGUAGGGGUAAGGUCUGUCUACAUCAUACCUCUCCCAUAGCCCGGCUUAUGUCGGGAUUGGGUACCUUGUUGUUGUUGUUGUUGUAUAGUGUGAUGUACAAUGAGUUAAACCAUAACGUACAAAUAUGAUGGUUAGAAAGUUGAUGAAAAGAAGGAAGCAUUGAAAGAUAGAGGAUACAUUGCAGCACAAACAUUUACAUUACGUGAGUUGGAAGCUGCAUCCAAUAACUUUAGAGCAGAUUGUCUUUUGGGUGAAGGUGGAUUUGGUAGAGUAUAUAAGGGCCGAUUGGAGAUGACCAACCAGGCUGUGGCAAUCAAGCAACUUAAUCGUGAUGGUUUGCAAGGAAACCGGGAAUUUCUUGUUGAAGUGCUGAUGUUGAGCUUACUACACCACCCUAAUUUGGUGAACUUAAUUGGCUAUUGUGCUGAUGGAGAUCAAAGACUUUUAGUUUACGAGUACAUGCCACUAGGCUCAUUGGACGAUCAUCUACAUGACCUACCCUUUGACAGACAAAAGCUUGACUGGACUACACGAAUGAAAAUAGCGGCUGGUGCUGCAAAAGGUUUGGAGUAUUUGCAUUACAAAGCAAGUCCUCCUGUUAUAUAUCGUGAUCUAAAGUGCUCUAACAUCUUGCUCGAUAGUGAAUACAAUCCAAAGCUCUCAGAUUUUGGAUUGGCUAAAUUGGGACCUGUUGGGGACGAGAGUCAUGUGUCUACCAGAGUUAUGGGAACUUAUGGGUAUUGUGCUCCAGAAUAUGCAAUGACAGGUCAACUCACUAUAAAAUCAGAUAUUUACAGUUUUGGAGUUGUUCUUCUGGAAAUCAUUACUGGGCGAAAAGCAAUCGACAACUCUAAAACCACUUGCGAGAAAAAUAUAGUGGCGUGGGCACGACCACUACUCCAAGACAGAAGGAAAUUCUCAGAGAUGGCCGACCCUUCACUCCAAGGGCAGUACCCUGCACGAGGGCUCUUUCAGGCACUUUCUGUGGCUGCAAUGUGCGUGCAAGAGCAGCCUGCCUCGCGCCCUUGUAUUGCAGAUGUAGUUACAGCCUUAGUUUAUCUUGCUUCUCAAAAAUUUGAACCUUGACCUCACCAACCUCAAAAUAUCCAUUCUGGUUCAACUCCUAGAAGCACCACGUGAAGUUAACCAUCAUUGCGUUACACAAUGUUUGAAAACUCGGUGAAUUAUUAACCAUUUUUUAAGAUAUUUUUACCCAGAUAUUUUUACCCAGUGGUAUUCAUUUAUCCAAAA